AACCAUUAACAACUUCAGUCUCUCUCGCUAUCUCUGGGAAGUCCCUCUCGCUCUCUCUAAACCCUAACCGCGAGAACGAUGCCGGGUCCGACGACGGAGGGCGAAUCAAUAGAACCACAGUCGCUGAAGAAGUUGAGCAUCAAAUCCCUGAAACGAGCACUUGAUCUCUUCUCUCCCGUCCAUGGCCAAUUCCCUCCUCCUGAUGCCGAAGCCAAGAAGAUUCGUCUCAGCCAUAAGAUGAAGGUUGCUUUUGGAGGUGUGGAGCCUGUGAGUCACCCUCCACGUCAACCUGAGCAGACCGGAACCUCAAGUGCUCUUGCUCUCCCAGGUCCUGAAGGUUCUAAGAGUACCCAAAAGGGUGUGACAGAGAAUGCUAUUGUUGUUGGUCCAACUUUACAGCCAAAGGGCUUGAACAGUAUUGGUACCUCAGGCAAAAGCACCACCAUUAUCCCUGCAAAUGUAUCCUCUUAUGAAAGGAACUUUUCAACUUCUGCAUUAAUGGAGAGAAUACCGAGUAGAUGGCCUCGCCCAGAGUGGCAUGCACCAUGGAAGAAUUACAGGGUCAUUCAGGGGCACUUGGGUUGGGUCAGAUCUGUCGCCUUUGACCCCAGUAAUGAAUGGUUUUGUACUGGUUCAGCGGAUCGUACCAUCAAGAUAUGGGAUGUAGCAACUGGAGUUCUGAAGCUAACACUUACUGGUCAUAUCGAGCAAGUACGAGGCCUUGCUGUAAGCAAUCGACAUACAUACAUGUUCUCUGCUGGUGAUGAUAAGCAAGUCAAAUGCUGGGACCUUGAGCAGAAUAAGGUUAUCCGGUCUUAUCAUGGUCACUUGAGUGGAGUCUAUUGCUUAGCUCUUCACCCAACUUUGGAUGUUUUACUAACCGGAGGGCGAGACUCUGUCUGCAGGGUGUGGGAUAUUCGCACCAAGAUGCAAAUUUUUGCACUCACAGGACAUGAGAGCACCGUUUGUUCUGUCUUCACUCGUCCAAUGGACCCACAAGUUGUAACUGGAUCUCAUGACACUACUAUUAAAUUCUGGGACCUUCGAUAUGGCAAAACAAUGACGACUCUAACACAUCAUAAGAAAUCUGUCAGAGCAAUGACCCUUCAUCCUAAAGAGAAUGCAUUCGCUUCUGCAUCAGCUGACAACACCAAAAAGUUUAGCCUUCCAAAGGGAGAGUUUUGCCACAACAUGCUCUCGCAGCAGAAAACCAUAAUUAACGCAAUGGCUGUGAACGAGGAUGGUGUAAUGGUCACUGGAGGUGAUAAUGGAAGUUUAUGGUUCUGGGACUGGAAGAGUGGCCACAGUUUCCAACAGACAGAAACUAUUGUACAACCUGGUUCACUGGAGAGUGAAGCGGGUAUAUACGCAGCGUGUUAUGAUCAGACAGGUUCGAGAUUGGUAACAUGUGAGGCGGAUAAGACGAUAAAGAUGUGGAAAGAAGAUGAGAAUGCAACUCCAGAAACUCACCCUGUCAAUUUCAAACCACCCAAGGAGAUUAGGCGCUUCUGAUAAGCUCACCUCUUUACUAUCUGUAUCUCAAAAGCUAUUGUUGGAGUCUCUCACUAUGUCUUCAUGAUUCUGUUUUCUUGUGGAAGAUUAUAAGGAUGUCCUGUUUUUUUUGGUGAGAACAAAGGGUCAUGUACUCGAAUUCUCAAGGCAUAUGUUGCUUUAUUCUAUUAACACUUUAACAGUAAUAGUUCAUGUACCAUCAUUUUUAUGUC